CCGACUUUUAAAUCCAAGAAAGAUUUUGCCUUAUACAUAACUAAGAAUAUAGAAAGUAGAAUUUAACAAAUAUGUACAUACCUAGAAACACUUGUAGAAACUCAAAUAAGGCUAAGCAAACAACUAUUACACAAAUCUCAUUUAAGUUGAGGAGCUACUAAUAUUUUUUACCACAAUUUUGCCUAAAUGCUAUGGAAAGUCACGGAACCAUUUCCCCUCUUUGAUUUUAGUCUUGCUUUCUACAUCGCCAAAUUCACGAAAGCAGAAAGCAUCUCUUAAGUUCUGCAGAAUGGUCCAUGGUUCAUUAAUGGACAAUAUUUGUCAAUUAAGAAAUGGAAACCGAAUUUUAUCCCUGAGAAUGAAAAAUUCACCUAUUCUGUAGUUUGGGUGGGUCUUCUACAACUUCCAAUGGAAUUAUACUUGCGAAAAUUGGCAAUGCCAUUGGCAAGCUAGUAAAGGUCGAUGCAUGUACUAGCUCAACGUUAAGAGGAAGAUAUGUCCGUCUUUGCGUACGAAUCCCCAUGGAUGAAUAUCCAAAUUGGUAACCAUACACAACCAAUCUUGUAUGAGGAAGAGGGCUCUCUUUGUGUUAAAUGUGGUCUUUUUGAUCAUAUUAAGGAUACCUGUCAUUACUCCCACCCGCAAGCUACGACCGACAAAACAAAUCAAGAGAGUUCUUCAUCAAAAACUCCAGUACUAGAUCUCGCAAAUCCACUUCGUGAAUGGCAAACUGUCAAAUUUUUGCCGAAACAUAGACCUUUUGGUGGGAAAAAGACAACCACGACACCAACAAUGGACAAAAUGACUCAAUCAAAUUCCAAGACUGCAACUACUAUAGUAACAAAUAGUAAUAAUAAUACUGGGAUUUUUGCAGUUUGAUGUGUCCGACAACUGCAUCAGAAAAAUAUGGAGAGAACUGACUAUCUGGAAUGAAAUCCUGAAUGAACAUUGAUUUAGUCGGACUAACAACUAUGAGAGAAAGUAAAUACACAGGUGCUGUUAAACCUUCCAUGAUUGCGUCUAUCUUGGCUUGAGCAGAUUUUGAAAUUCUACUUGAAUAAUCAUCAUAAAAGAACAAAUUUGGUUUAUAAUGUAAGUUUUGAUUUAACAUGUUAGUGAAACCGAUGACAUGCAAAAGAGAUUUUAUCAUAUAUGUAUUUGUUAAUAAAUUAAAGAACAUAAUUAUUUUCAGU